CCCUGCAACGUUCACCCGGUAGGAUUUCUCAGACACCGAUCCAAUCAUGUCUAAAGGAAAGGAUAUGGGCUCUGCCUUCAUCCAGACGCAGCAGCUACAUGCUGCUAUGGCCGACACCUUCCUGGAGCACAUGUGUCUUCUGGACAUCGACUCCGAGCCAGCUGUGGCUCGCAACACCGGAAUCAUCUGCACCAUCGGACCCGCCUCCCGAUCAGUGAACAUGGCCAAGGAGAUGAUCAAAUCUGGGAUGAACAUUGCAAGAAUGAACUUCUCUCACGGAACUCAUGAGUAUCAUGCUGAGACCAUCAAGAAUGUCCGUGAAGCCACCGAGAGCUUCGGAUCCGGCAGCAUUGAGUACAGACCAGUGGCCAUCGCUCUGGACACCAAGGGACCCGAAAUCAGGACUGGACUCAUCAAGGGCAGUGGCGAAGCUGAGGUCGAGCUGAAGAAGGGAGCUCACAUCAAGCUGACCCUGGACGACAAGUACAAGGACAACUGUGACGAGAAGCACCUGUGGCUGGACUACAAGAACAUCACCAAGAUCCUGGCGGUCGGAGCUCACGUCUACAUCGACGACGGCCUCAUGUCCCUGAAGGUCAAGGAAGUCGGCGCUGACUUCCUGGACUGUGAGAUUGAAAAUGGUGGUACUCUGGGCUCUAAGAAGGGUGUGAACCUGCCCGGUGCUGCUGUGGACCUGCCCGCUGUCUCUGAGAAGGACAUCCAGGAUCUGCAGUUCGGUGUGGAACAGGGAGUCGACAUGGUCUUCGCCUCCUUCAUCCGUAAGGCAGCUGAUGUACACGCCGUCAGGAAGGUGCUGGGAGAGAAGGGCAAAAACAUCAAGAUCAUCUCCAAACUGGAGAACCACGAGGGCGUCCGCAGAUUCGAUGAGAUCCUGGAGGCUAGCGAUGGCAUCAUGGUUGCCCGCGGCGACCUGGGUAUUGAGAUCCCCACAGAGAAGGUGUUCAUCGCCCAGAAGAUGAUGACCGGACGCUGCAACAGGAUCGGCAAGCCCAUCACCUGCGCCACACAGAUGCUGGAGAGCAUGAUCAAGAAGCCCCGCCCUACUCGUGCUGAGGGUUCCGAUGUCGCCAACGCCGUUCUGGACGGUAACGACUGCAUCAUGCUGAGUGGUGAGACCGCCAAGGGAGACUACCCACUGGAGGCUGUCCGCACACAGCACAAGAUUGCUCGUGAGGCAGAGGCCGCCAUGUACCACAGGCAGAUGUUUGAGGAAAUCCGUCGUACCUCCCACCUGACCCGUGACCCCACUGAGUCCGUUGCCAUUGGCGCCGUCGAGGCUUCCUUCAAGUGCUGUGCCAGUGCCAUCAUCGUGCUCACCAAGACUGGCAGGUCCGCCCAUCUGCUGUCCAGGUACAGGCCCCGUGCCCCCAUCAUCGCUGUGACCCGCUGUGGCCAGACCGCCCGUCAGGCACAUCUGUACCGCGGUAUCUACCCCGUGCUGUACACCAAGCCUGCCAACGAUGUCUGGGCCGAGGAUGUCGACCUCCGCGUCAACUUCGCCUUGGAGAUGGGCAAACACCGUCACUUCUUCAAGUCUGGAGAUGUCAUCAUUGUUGUGACCGGAUGGCGUCCAGGCCCUGGUUACACCAACACCAUGCGUGUUGUGCUUGUUCCUUGAACAAACUCCAAAGAACAUUACCCCUCCCCCUUACCCAUUUCCUGUUCCUAUAACCCCUCCCCUCUUUACCCAUUUCCUGUUCCUAUAACCCCUCCCCUCUUUACCCAUCUCCUGUUCCUAUAACCCCCCCCCCCCCCCACCAGAAGACAUCUAUUUGUCCUCUACGAUUCUCUAGACUCCACCUUUUUAACCAAGACAACCUAGGUAAAAAAAACGAACGGAACCGAACAGCAACACCAGGCCACUUCUUCAAAGGACUUUUGGGGUGGUGCCAUUCAUACACAGACAGUCACUUUCCAACACUCCUUAAUUCCUAUGUUAUUAUUACAUAGGUGUUUCACCUACUGUGUCCAAGUCAUCCUUCAACAGGUUACACACCCUACUGAAAGCACACACACAUCUGCCUGACUGAGUUUUCACGGUGAACAAUAUGAGGUAUAUGUUUUUAUCUAUAUGUACAUUGUACUGUAAUCACACGUCUGCAUGUCAGAGCCGCUCGUUGUCAGUCACUUUGUGGUCCAGUAUGUUGACGUGGAUUAUGAAUAUAAGGAGGAUCCUGCUCUAUGGGGGUCUUCUCCUCACCUGGUAGACAGGUAAGACUCCACUGACACGUUAAAGGUAACGGUAACGCCAUGUUGUUGCUGAGGGUUAUGGGGGAUCUGGACAUGACUGGGUUUCCAUCCAUCCAAUAAAAAGAUGAACACCUGA